GGCGAUAUUGCAAAUUAGAACAGAGCUGUCAACAUAUUUGUCGUCAGAUGGCGCCCGUGUCCGGCUAUUUGUUUACUAUUUGGUAGUUGAUUUAUUUAUUUUGAUUUGUGUUCAAACAGGUGUAACUUGGCUUGUACACGCCAUCAAAUACACUUUCCCAUCGAAUCCAGACUUUAUAGGGUAUUCUACUUAUGAGCUACGCGAAACGUGGAGAGAAAAUGGGGGGCACGAUACGUAUAAAUCGAGUGCCCGCUACUAUAGCGCUUGUUUUGGUGACAAUUUUGAUAGUGUACUUUGUAAAUUUUCAUCAGGAUGAACGUCCUGCUCUCUAUGGUAUGCUGCGUAAUCAAAAUAAAGUUAAUUUACGCAAAUUACUUAUCGGUGCCAUACAGGCAGCACAACGUGGUGGCGUAGAAAUUCUUGAUGUGGCGAGUACACGCGAUUUAAAUGAGCGUAGUAAAGGUAAAACUGAUGAGGGCGCAAAUGACCCAUUCACGGAUGCCGACGGUCGUUCGCAUUGUGUUAUGAAAGAAGGAUUACAUCGCAUAUUUCCACGUGUGAAAAUAUAUUCGGAAGAGGAUAAGGAAAGUUGUACUAAUGUUAAUACAUUCGACUUAGAUCCGACAGUGUUACAUGAAACAGCCGUCCUGCCCAAUGAGUUAGUAGAUAUAAAAGACGUCACAGUAUGGAUUGAUCCUCUAGAUGCUACACAGGAGUUUACAGAAAAACUUUAUCAAUAUGUAACAACCAUGGUGUGCGUUGCUGUGAAUGGUAAGCCAAUAAUCGGUGUUAUACAUAGCCCGUUUAUAGGGCAAACUGCAUGGGCAUGGGUGGAUCACUCAAUGUCUGAAUACUUGGAUUCGAUACAUCCCAUAGAUGCAGAUACUUCCAAACCACUUAUAACAGUUUCACGUUCACACGCCGGUAGUGUGAAAGAGUUAACACGCAACGUUUUCGGAGAGAAUUCCGAAAUUCUUACAGCUGCUGGUGCUGGUUAUAAAGUAUUACAAGUUAUUUCCAACAAUGCCACAGCAUAUUUACAUUCAACGAAAAUUAAAAAAUGGGAUAUUUGUGCUGGUGAUGCAAUCUUAAAUGCGCUUGGUGGUGUUAUGACGAAUCUCAAUGAUGAGCUAAUAGAUUAUGGGCCUCACGGUUCAGCUGUUAAUGAUCAGGGCUUAUUAGCCACACUCAAGAACCACAAUGAAUACAUUGAAAAACUAAUGGAAUAUCGAAAGAGUCAUACUGCGGCUGUACGCAGAUAGUAUGCUUGAAUGUAUUUAUUAUUAAUAUUAAGCAUUAGUAGUUAGAUAAAAAGCUCAGGCUAAUAGAAUUUAUUAGAAUAUGUAAAUGCCUAACUACAUGAUUGUUUUUAUACUCAUGGCUAAAGAUUUUUGUGGUAAUAAAAGAAAGUUGCGAAUGUUAGUAA